AAGGGGGGGAGGAGAAGGAGGAAGAGAGGGAGCUCAUUAGCAUGCUCCCAUUCCAUUGGCUCUCUCUGCCGCCCUCCUUUACAUACGUCCUUCCCCAGCUGGCUGGCUUGCUUUUGCGGCUACGGUAGAGAGAGGGCUGGCUGGCUGCUUGGUCGCUGCUGCUGAUCUGCUUUCCCCGCUCCAGUGCAGUGCAGGGCUCGGACUGCGAGACUGCGCCGGGCAGGCAGGCGGACAGGCGGGUAGGAGGGCCGGCCAGCGGUGCUGCAGCAGCGGCAGCAGUGGCGUCCGGCCGCUCUUGCUGCAGUCGUGGUAGUCUGAGCGGACCGAUACCUGGCUUUUACUACUGAAGCGAGCCCAGCCCCGGGACCCACGGAGAAACGCGCAAAAGACUUUUCGUUUUCUUCCUUGUUUCAUUUUUUUUUUAAGUGGAAAGUAACUGCGUGUGAUUCCCACACCCCACUCCCGGUUGCUCUGGCCGCCCUCUUCCUCCUCCUCGCAGUUCUCGUGCGCCUAGGAUCUUGCUCUCGCUCCGGGGCCACAGAAGAUGACUUGGGGGUCUGCUCUGCGUGCGCAAAAGGAGGCGGCAGAGGCCCAGGAAGGGGGAAAGUAGUAACACUUGGUAGUUCUGCGGCUGGAGCAAAAGUGAGCCUCAGAGGCGUCGGCGGCGGCUGCGGGGCGGGCCGGGCUCUACUCCCUGUCUGCUCCCCCUCUCUCCUGCUCUCUCCUCCCUCCUCACGCUCUGCCUUUCUUUUUCUGGCUUUCCCUGCCCGGGUUGGUUUCUCGUUGGAGCAGCAUGAAGUGCAGCCGCGAUGGCCAGGAGAGGUAAGAGCGUAGUGAGGACGCUGGAAGAUCUGACGCUGGACUCGGGUUAUGGUGGAGCGGCGGACUCGGUCCGCUCCUCCAACUUGUCGCUGUGCUGCUCUGAUUCGCACCCAGCGUCGUCCUCGUACCCUUAUGGAGGGAGCUGCUGGCCGCAUCUAGCUGACUCCAUGCACAGCAGACACAACAGCUUUGACACCGUCAACACUGCCCUGGUGGAAGACUCCGAGGUGCUGGACUGUGCGGGCCAGCACUGCUCCAGGCUGCUGCCCGACCUCGAGGACGUGCCUUGGACCCUGCCCGAGCUGGAGGCGCUGCUGUUGCUGCGUCCCCGGGAGCCGCGGGCCGGCCUGGCAGCCGCCUGCCUCCCAGCGCCCGUGACGGGCCCGGGCCUGCCCAAGGAUGCUCUGGCCCGCCUCUCCACACUGGUUAGCCGGGCGCUGGUGCGGAUCGCCAAGGAGGCGCAGCGGCUGAGCCUGCGCUUCGCCAAGUGCACCAAGCACGAGGUCCAGAGCGCCAUGGAGAUCGUGCUGUCCUGGAGCCUGGCGGCGCACUGCACGGCCGCGGCGCUCGCCGCGCUGUCCCUCUACAAUAUGAGCAGCGCCGGCGGUGACCGUUUCGGCCGCGGCAAGUCGGCCCGCUGUGGGCUCACCUUCUCCGUGGGCAAGGUGUACCGCUGGAUGGUGGACAGCCGCGUGGCGCUGCGCAUCCAUGAGCACGCCGCCAUCUACCUGACCGCCUGCAUGGAGAGCCUCUUCCGGGACGUCUACGGCCGGGUGCUGGCCGCUGGGCCGCUGCAGUCCCCUGGCCCUGGCCCUGGCCCCGGCCCCGGUGCCAGCCCCGGGCCAGCCGCCGCCGCCCCCGCCACCUGGGCGGGGGCCGGGCCUGGGCCCGGGACCGGCGGAGGGGGCUGCAGUGCAGGGAGCAGCACCAGCGGGGGCAGCAGCUGCUGCGCGCCCCCCGCCCCUGGCGCCGCCGCAGCCGCUGGCCACCACCACGUCCACCAUCACCACCACCACUACCACCAACCGCAGCACCACCACCAUGCCCCCCACGAGCCUCCCAAGUUCACGGUGGAAUCCCUGGAGCAGACCAUCAACAAUGACUCGGAGCUCUGGGGGCUACUGCAGCCCUACCAGCAUCUCAUCUGCGGGAAGAACGCCCACGGUGUUCUUUGUCUGCCAGACAGUCUGACCCUUCACCGAGACCCCCAGAGGCCAAACAAGCCGGGAGAACUGCCCAUGUUCAGCCAAUCGGAGCUAAGGACCAUCGAGCAAUCCUUACUGGCCACCCGAGUGGGCAGCAUUGCCGAACUGAGUGACCUGGUGUCCAGAGCAAUGCAUCACCUGCAGCCCCUCCAUGCCAAGCAGCACGGCAAUGGUACUCCCAUGCAUCAUAAACAGGGGGCGCUGUACUGGGAGCCCGAGGCCCUGUACACCCUCUGCUACUUCAUGCACUGCCCCCAGAUGGAGUGGGAAAACCCCAACGUGGAACCGUCCAAAGUCACCCUCCAGAUUGAAAGGCCCUUCCUUGUGCUGCCCCCUUUGAUGGAAUGGAUCCGGGUAGCUGUGGCUCAUGCUAGUCACCGACGCAGCUUCUCCAUGGAUAGUGAUGAUGUCCGCCAGGCCGCCAGGCUUCUGUUGCCAGGGGUGGACUGUGAACCUCGACAGCUCAAGGCGGACGACUGCUUCUGUGCCUCUCGGAAACUGGAUGCUGUGGCCACAGAAGCAAAAUUCAAGCAGGACCUGGGCUUCCGGAUGCUGAACUGUGGACGGACGGACCUAGUAAAGCAGGCAGCAUCCCUGCUGGGACCUGACGGGAUCAACACAAUGAGUGAGCAGGGCAUGACCCCACUGAUGUACGCCUGUGUCCGAGGGGAUGAAGCCAUGGUGCAGAUGUUGCUGGAUGCCGGAGCUGAUCUGAAUGUGGAGGUAAUCAGUACUCCUCAUAAAUAUCCAUCUGUCCAUCCUGAGACCCGCCACUGGACGGCUCUGACAUUUGCUGUGUUGCAUGGACAUAUUCCUGUAGUUCAGCUCUUACUAGAUGCUGGGGCCAAAGUAGAAGGCUCGUUAGACCAUGGGGAGGAGAAUUAUUCAGAAACACCCUUGCAGCUGGCUGCUGCUGUAGGUGUACCGUGGACUCUGCAUACUUGGUUGGAGUCUUUGAGGGUCUCUUUCCAACAGCACCGGAGGCCAUUAAUCCAGUGUUUAUUAAAGGAGUUUAAAUCUAUCCAAGAAGAGGAGUACACAGAGGAACUCAUUACCCAAGGCCUGCCACUGAUGUUUGAGAUCCUAAAGGCAAGCAAGAAUGAAGUGAUCAGUCAACAGCUAUGUGUCAUCUUCACUCAUUGUUAUGGACCUUAUCCUAUCCCCAAGCUGGUGGAAAUUAAGCGGAAGCAGACUUCCCGUUUAGACCCUCAUUUUCUCAACAAUAAAGAGAUGUCUGAUGUUACCUUUCUCGUGGAAGGAAGGCCAUUUUAUGCCCACAAAGUGUUGUUGUUUACUGCUUCUCCCAGGUUCAAGGCACUCCUGUCCACCAAGCCAACAAAUGAUAGCACGUGCAUUGAGAUCAAUUAUGUGAAAUACCCCAUCUUCCAGCUGGUCAUGCAAUAUCUUUACUGUGGCGGUCCAGAAUCACUUCUUAUUAAGAACAACGAGAUAAUGGAGCUCCUGUCCGCUGCCAAGUUCUUCCAGCUCGAAGCUUUGCAGCGACAUUGCGAGAUCAUAUGCGCAAAAGGCAUCAACACAGACAACUGUGUGGAUAUCUACAACCAUGCCAAGUUCCUUGGUGUCACGGAGCUCUCGACCUACUGCGAAGGCUACUUCCUUAAGAACAUGAUGGUCCUCAUUGAGAACGAGGCCUUCAAGCAGCUUUUGUAUGAUAAAAAUGGAGAAGCUUCGGGUCAGGAUGUACUCCAGGACUUGCAGAGGACGUUGGCAAUCAGGAUACAAUCCAUUCACUUAUCCUCUUCCAAAGGCUCCAUUGUAUAAACAAACCCCUGAGACAAGAGGGCACUCCAGAGGGACCUUCCAAGUUCUCUGGCUGCAUCAGCUUCCAAUGAAUACACACAAUUCUGACCGGCAUGUUCUUGUCUGGACCCAGGAGCUGCCUCUGCUCAGUGACUGUGUACAGCUCUCGUGCAUUCCUGACACCAAGGAGAUCUUGCUGAUCAUUGGGGAGUGGCUGGGUCCUGAUUCUGAAAUCCAACGAGGGGCUAUGGAGCUGCAAACCACUUUGAGCAUCCCUUGAAGCACGCCUCUUUGUGCUCGGGACCACUGAUGCAAAGACACUCAACUCCAACCAGUUGGGCUUCACAUUGCCUGAUGGAGAAAUGGUCCAGUACCCACCCCUAAGAGCAUCCCUGUAUGCGCUUCAGAGACUGGUGGUUGCCGGUUUAGCGAGAUUCCAUCAUGCCUGAGGGACUGUUGCAGUCGUGAUGAACAGUCUUGGCAUAUUUUUAGGGGUGGGGACUUUUUAAAAAUAAUGUUCAUAAAAAACCAAAUGGGGUAGCCUUGUAGUUUAAAAAUAUAUUUCUAAAGAGCUUAAAAGUUCCUUUUCAACAGAAUUGUGUAUAAGGAUCCAAGUUUGGGAUUUUUCCUUUUUUUAAAAAAAAAAGGUCAAAGGUACUCCCUGUGUCAGCGCAUCCCACGAGAUUUCCACCGGUGUCAUUCAUCAACUGGUUUAAUCUUGCCUCACCAACCACAGGGACACACAAGGGGUACACUGCCAACAAGCACCUCCACUAAUGCCAUUGAAGAAACAACCUUGCAUGCUCAUUGUGAUUUGGGGUUCAAACAAAGGAGAAUCUUCUGCUCCUCCCCACCAAAGCCUCUGUGUGGGACUGGACUUGGGCCACGUGAUAUCCAUGCUACAUAGUUGCCAAGGAUUCCACGGGACAACAUCGCCUCUUGCUCUGCCGCCAUUUUGUGAAGCCAGUGCUGCCCAUUUCUUUUCCUGGUAGAACAUCAUAGUGCAAUGGUUUCCAUGGGAAUGCAUUGGUAGAAACUGAAUUUUGAGGGAAGCCAAGGGUGGGUUGGGGGUGGGAAGGGACUUGGGGGAGGGAGGGAGAACAUAAGAGCAUUUAGCAUUUAUCCCAGGGCUCUCUUCUAGUAAGAUAUCCAUACUUUGCUACCAAUCAGAGAAAGUGUGAUUAUGUUAGACUAUUUGUCAUGACUAAAUAUGUAAUAUAGAAUGAUUCCCCGCCACAUCCCAAGAAUGGACGGUCUAGGGUUCUCAAUCAUGGACAUUUGCUGCCAGGGCUCAGUUUCCUUUGCAAGACAUUAACUAGCACAAGAGAUGGGUGAGGGGCCACAGUGACUUCUCAAUACCUUUCAUACGGCCUUGUUUUGAAAUAUCCAUGACUGCAGCAAAGACUCUCCACCAUUCGGGGCAACAUGAUGAUAUCACCUUCCUUCUCUCCUAGCAUGCCUCUUCAGAAAUGACCACCCUCUCCACCCCAUCCAGAAUCUCUGUUUCAGAAAACUUCCCCUGGCCCUCUGUAGCUCAAGAUAAUGGUUUGGUCCAUCGCUCAGAAUGUUUGAUGUCAGUGGCUGCUUCCUGUCUCCAAGCCUUGACAUGUCCAGGCCUCCUGCUCCCACUUCCAAGCGUUCUCUACCCAUCAGCUAGGAAUCGAUUUGUUGACAUCCAUGUGUCAGUCCUCUACGCCUGGUCAUUUGGAAAGCCUCUUGGUUCCCUCUGAGCAAAAAGGGGAGAACUACAGUUCCUUCCUGCCCAUCCCAGGCAUGUGACCUGGCAGGAAGCCUCUCACCCCUCCGUGUCCUCAAAGACGCUGUCUGAGAUGUACCAUUCGUGGGGACUUCCUGUCCUUGAAUGUUAAACCCUAGAGCAGAGCAGCCCAGCCUUGGCUUGGGUGAUGGCCACCCUCCCACCCCAAUCCCCCCCAAAUGGUGUUUAUGUUAUAGCUUGGGGCGCUUUCUCCAUCAUUAAAGCAAACAUGAUUUUUCCAUGCUGUGAUCAUUUGUAUGGCAUGCAUCUGACCUGAAUGGCCACUCCAAGGUAGGCCUUCUCUUGAUACGGACUUGAAAAUCCCCUCUUGGAAAUAAAAAUGUCGUCCCUUAAA